GGGGCUCCGAGUGGGGGCGGGCGGAGGCGGCGCCGCCCAGCGGGAUCCGGGCUGGAAGCCUAGCGGAGUGCCGCGUCCCGGCCGAGGGGCGGCGGCGAGUCCCCGCGGGAGCCCAGGGUGUCAGAAGCAGGGGCAGAAGCAACAAAGUUCCCGGGUUGUGUCCGAGGCCGCGGUCUGGGUUGCUCGUUCGGCCUCCCCUUCCUCACCAAGGCAAUGGCUUCCAAACUCCUGCGCGCGGUCAUCCUUGGGCCGCCCGGCUCGGGCAAGGGCACCGUGUGCCAGAGGAUCGCCCAGAACUUUGGCCUCCAGCAUCUCUCCAGCGGCCACUUCCUGCGGGAGAACAUCAAGGCCAACACGGAAGUUGGUGAUAUGGCAAAGCAGUACAUAGAGAAAGGUCUCUUGGUCCCAGACCACUUGAUCACACGCCUCAUGCUGUCGGAGCUGGAGAAUAGGCGUGGCCAGCACUGGCUACUGGAUGGUUUUCCUAGAACAUUAGUUCAGGCUGAAGCCUUGGACAAAAUAUGUGACCUGGAUCUAGUGAUCACUUUGAACAUUCCAUUUGAAACGCUCAAAGAUCGUCUCAGCCGGCGCUGGAUUCACCCUUCUAGUGGAAGGGUGUAUAACCUGGACUUCAACCCACCUCAUGUACAUGGGAUUGAUGACAUUACUGGUGAGCCAUUGAUCCAGCAGGAAGACGACAAACCUGAAGCAGUUGCUGCCAGACUAAGACAGUACAAGGAUGUGGCAAAGCCAGUGAUCGAAUUAUACAAGGGCCGAGGAGUGCUCCACCAAUUUUCGGGAACGGAGACUAACAAAAUCUGGCCCUAUGUUUACACACUUUUCUCGAACAAGAUCACACCUAUUCAGUCCAAAGAAGCAUACUGAGCCCACCCAGUAGAAGAAGCAGGAAGAUAUGGUCCAUUCAUCCAAUCGUAUGUGUAGUGUUGGUGCCGUGUCCCUAUUAGAAGCUAGCCGAGAUAGCUCGCAGCGUCUUUUCUAGUUUAAAUGGUGAACUGAUAAGAAAACUAAUGAAUAGGAAGAGUUAACGAAGAGGCUCUUCUGCUUUUCUAAUAGAAGGGUCACCUCCACAGGUUUAAGAUGUCUCUGCACAUGUCUCAGGUCCUUCAUAAGAAAGCAAGCAAGCACGUACAGGCUGGAUUUCUUUCCCAUGUGUGUAACCCAAGCUCUAGCUGAUUUGACAGCCAUGUUGUCGCCAUAGUAGCCUUUUUCACGUGAGGGUGGUGGUCCCUGGUUCUUCCCAGCCCCCAAAGGCUGAACCACAGCACUAGGAAGCCUGAGAAUGUCAAGGGCUGGAGCCUAGCUUUGUCCUGGCAUAGACGCCCUCCUGGUGACAGUGGGAUUGAAGCCAGCUGCUCUCAGUGGCCUUGAGUGGCUCUCCACAGUUCAUUUUUUUCUGUUAGGUAUGACACCUUUCUGCAUCCAUGCUUCAUAGAAUCACAGAAUCUCUCCUUUCCGGAUAUCCUGGAAUGAGAGGAUUUGGUUUCUACCAUGAUAGACUAUUUUUUUUACAUCUAUUUUCUCCCUUCCUAGACUGUUACAAAUACAAAUUGUUACUGCUUUUUUCCCCUCUCCACUUCCUUUCUAAGAGCCGAGAGCUGUGGGAUGGUAUUGGCUCUCUUCGUGCACCAGGAUCUGAGCUAUGUGAAGGGUCUCCUUAAACUGCUGGUCUGACUCUCAUGGGUUGACACUGCUCCUUUGAUUGUAGCAAAAUCAAACCCUCAGAGUCUUUGGGGAGCCCUCACAAUGGGACUCAUUCACCUCCAUACAUGUUACAAGAUCAUAUCUUAUGUAUAGAACUAAGACUGUAUGGAAUUACUGGACUAAAAUAAUAGUUUAGCUUUUUAGUCAAGACAAAAAAAAAAUGUACUUUGAAAAUGCUGCUAAAUAUCGAUGCUGAUAGCGUUUUUCUUCUGUGAGUGACCCAAGUAUAUUAUAAAUAGUUGGUAAAGGGAAUGGAGCCUGUGGGGUUGAGGAAAAUGUUGCACUAGCUGUGCCUAGACUGAUGAUGACAGGUUUACGAUGACGGGAAAACAAAAUCAUAAUUUUUUAUUCUAUUCCAAAGAUGCUUUCUAUAGGGUGGCCAUGAAGUCUAGAAAUAGAGCUCAUACUAUUUUGUCAUUCAUUGGAAUGUAAUAUCAAUAAACCAAGAUUUGCCUGGUUUCCAGACUUGGUGGCCAUCUUUUAUAACUCUUGCUCACCUCUGGGAAGGACAAUGAAAUUUUAUUCCUGUUGCCUUAGCAAUAAAUAUUCCUCUUUAUGCAUCAUGAUUGUCCCCAGGGAGGGUCCCUUGCUGUUCCUAGGAGUCACCUCUGUCUGACUCUUCAUACUGGUGAAAAAACAAAAGAAGCUGAUGUCAGCACGUCAGCGGUGUUGAAAUGCUUACUUAGGUUCUGAAGACGUCUCAGUGAGUUCCCAGUCUGUACCCUGACCCAUGGAUUCUGCACGGUGACAUGUCCACUGUCCUUAACAAUACUGCCCCAGCUCUCGCCAGUUCCUCUCCCUUUUGUCCCCCUCCUUGUGAGUGUUCUUUGGCUCUCUUAGUGGAAACAUAGACGGAUUUCCUCCUCAUCCUCUGAAUCACAGUGACGUGAGAUGAUUUACUUUUUAGGUUUGUGCAAUUCAAGUGCCCAGUUGGGGUAUGGAAAACAUCAGUGCAUGAGAGUGGCUUCUGCGUGCUUUGGGCGAGUCGUUUGAAUGCCAGUUGAUGGGGAUGGGGUGAAAAUCAGACCUGCAGAUAUAGCUCUGGUUUCCUGGGGAACCAGGUUUAGAGAAAAACACCUCUGAAAGGAGAAACAUUACACCCUUUAGAGUAGCACUGCCAAGGAGACCUUUUUUUUUGGGGGGGGGGUCUUUUUGCCAUUUCUUGGGCCGCUCCCGUGGCAUAUGGAGGUUCCCAGGCUAGGGGUCGAAUCGGAGCUGUAGCCACCGGCCUACACCAGAGCCACAGCAACGCAGGAUCUGAGCCACGUCUGCGACCCACACCACAGCUCACGGCAACGCUGGAUGGUCAACCCACUGAGCAAGGGCAGGGAUCGAACCCGCAACCUCAUGGCUCAUAGUCGAAUUGGUUAACCACUGCGCCACGACGGGAACUCCCAAGGAGACCAUUUCCACAAGCCAGGAAAAGUGGAACGCGACGGUGAUCACAGGGAUUCUUCAGAAGAGGAAAGUGAGUGGGGUUUUUUUUUUGGAAGCAGAAAUCCCUUCAUACCUUUUUCUUAGUGUUUAACGGAUGUCCCAGGGUCAUCACUGCUUUUGGAAUGGAGGUGUGGGACAUGGCCCGGGGACCCCCGAAUCCAUUCUCCAUGCCACCGUCCUUCCCUUGCUUUUCCCUUCCAGCAAAACAGACACUUGUAGGCAGCCUUGGUCAUCAGUGUGUCUCCACAGCGUCUGCUGUUUCAGAGGAGGUUGCCCUGUAUUGAGGGCCGUCAACUUUGCUGGGUUGGACCAGUAAAAACCAAACACUGACUCCGUGAUCUUUGAAAGAUGAUGUUUCAUGUUCAGUGGCCCCAAAAUCUCUUUCUGGUGUUUUUCUACAACAAAGUCUAGUUUUUCCUUUAAUGAUCUCGAAAAUAUUUUGGCCAAGGUGAAAUUAAAGGGACAUCUUUCUUGGGUUGGCCUUCUACCGCCACGUGGGACGUUCUUUCAUAAUUAACAAAAAGAAUAGAUUUCCAAGAUCCCUGCCUCCAAUCACCUUCUUCCUCUAGCCUGCCCUUCGUUCAUUUUGGUUUCCCUCAUCCUGACAGGCUUCCCACUUCCCAAAGGUCUCCUGAGUGUUCGGUUCCGUUUUAGGACCUUCCUAAACAGCUCGUUUCAUCUUUCCAGCAUCCCUUGAGAUAGGCACGAUCCCAUUUUUAUAGACAGUUCAAGAGUCAGAAACGUGAAGCAUCAUGCCCUGGCUCCUGCUGCAGUGUAGACAGGACUCACCCCCAUGUUCUCCUGACUCCGCUCCUGGACCUUAACUCCCCACGUCGUGUCCCAAGCAACACAUGGCGCUGAGCUGCUUGGUUUCACUUGUAUUUCUAGGGGGCCUCACAUCAAGAACAGCAGACUUCACCAUGGCGGUAUUCAGCUCUGUGUGGGACUCUUCCUCCCCCCACCCACCCUUUUUCUUAAGCAAAAGAAGCUGCUAGAGGAGUUUGAGCCUUUGCUCCUCCACAACUACUCACGUAUAAAUGAAAUGAAAGGCUGUUGAGGUUGAGGUAGGCUGGCUUGGGUCCCGGCUAAUCUGUGGAGCAGACAAGCUCAUGGUCCUCACCUGCCUACCCUUUCAGUGUCCAUGGUCUUGUGGCGCUGAAGGGACCUUUAUGCUUGAGGUGUGUUUCCCCCCCUACCCCCGGGCAUGGUGCUCACACACAGUCCUGGGCUCCUGGGAGCCAUCUAGACACUACUCACUUUGCUUCCCGGAUGUCAGAACAAAUCUCUCCCUCCUACCCGCAGACAAGGCCCUGAUGAUAUCUCAUCUUCCCAAAGAGCUAGCAGGUCAACAAGUGGUACCCAGUACAGAGUACCGUCUUCCCCGUGUGCCGUCACACAUUAACGGGAUCCUCAAGGCCACAUCCACGCCUUUGCCCAUCCUCUGAUGUGGCGGCCCUGCUUAUCAUGCACAGUCGUGUCUCACCUGCCUUUGCCAGGGUCACCCCCAGCACCCUCCUGCCGCCAAGCUCAGGGGAGCCCCAGCUACACCCAGGGUGUGCAGGGCAGGGGAGGUGAUAAGAAUAGACAUAGGUGAUGGAGGAUUCUUGAAAGAGAGAUGCUGCUGUGGCUUUCUGUUGUUUAUAAUGUCAAUGACAGGAUACAUUCAGAAACAGGCCUAUGCAAAUGUAUAAAUAAGCCUUUUUCUACAAUGUAGUUCACUGGAACCGGAUUUCAAUGUUGUCUUUGGCUAUUUGUUUAAAGAGACUUUUCCCUCUGCUGGGGGGAGGGGGAGGUCAUUGCUCAGAUCACAAAGGGAGCACGUUUCUAAAUAUGUUAAGGUAUCAGCCUUCUUGGUAGUUACUCUUUUUUGGUACUAAGCACACUGCACCCAUUGUCUAAUUAAAUCCCCUCAAUUGCCCUAUGGAAUAGCUAAUACUAUCUCUGUUAUCUUGCCUCAAGUAUUUAAAAACAAUCCCAUUUACUUAAUCUUUUCAUAUGCCUACAGGGAUUAAUCAGGAAAUUUCAAAGGGCCUUUUUGGUAUGUUUGCCUAGUUCACCUAGUCUCAUGAAUAGGUAAAACAAUAUCUGCUCCCACCUGGAAUCUUUGCUUUUGGCGCUCUGGUGCUGAGACAGGAAACGGGUCCUGGUGGUAGUUGCACACUGUAUGUACAGAGGCAUCUGUCUCAUCUGUGCUCUGCUGGGUCCCAGGAUCUGGGGACGCAUUCACAGCUACCUGAUGCAUUUCAUUUCGUAGCUUUCCUUGACUAGACAAUAUGUUCCUUGCUGCAGUAAUUUUGCCAGAAAGGCAAUUCAUAAGACAGAGUUGUGCGUGUAGCAUGCUCUUGCUUUUUCUCUAUUGUAGUAUGAUACAGCUUUUUCUCUAUGGCUUCCCUCACCCCCUGCCGCUGCCCACCUCUCGUGUCUGUUUUGUGUUUCAAAAGAAGAACCCAGUGACUGAAUAAAAAAAUUUUUUUUGGCUGCACCCACAGCAUGUGGAAGUUCCUGAGCUAGGGCUAGAAACUUCUUUUAAUAUGGAAUGUGGUCUGGUCAUAUAUAUAAGUUAUCACCCCUUUGUGUAUUUAACUGAUCCAGUCGGGUUUCCAGAUGAAAGUGUGGCAAGACCACCCUUUCCAUGGUUCAUUUCAACUAUGAAGAAAAAUCUGCUUCCUCCAUCUGUUGAGACAUGUUUUAAUUACUAUUGUUGAUAAAUGCCAUUCCUUAUCUUUCUUUUAGCAAACUGCACAAUUCUUGCCAAAAUAAAUGCCAUUAUCUGUAUGCUUCAGGGAACUGCGUAAUUUGAUCAGGGGUGUGUGUGUGUGUGUGUGUGUGUGUGUGUGAGAGAGAGAGAGAGAGAGAGAGAGAGAGAGAGAGGCAUGGUUAAAACAUUUCCAAGAGGCCGAAAGUUUUUGUGUGACAUGGAUGUUCAUUCCCUCUUUGGUGAUAAGGAAGCACAGUGUCAUGCUGGAAAUAAAAGAUUGAAAUACAAGAUCUCCUGCUUAAAAACUUGUCAAAAGAGCAGCGCACCUCGAAGGUUUUCCCCGGGGAUGACGUGUGCGUCUAACUCCAUUGCAUAAAACCUUUUUUCCACCCCUCGUUUUAAAGCUUUGGGUAUAAAGUCAGAAAUGUGCUACAUAAAAACAAUGUUUUGUGUUUGAUUUGGAGAAGAAUAAAGGGAAGAAAAUGAAAACUCAGUCUUUAGGUUAAGCUUCAAGUGUCAGGGCUUAGAGGGCUUUUCACAUUUUAUGAGAAUUUGUACUACUGAUUUUUGUAUAUUCUUGUUUUUGAGAUGAACAGAUCUCGGGGAAUUGUUGAGUUCCAAUGAAUGGCGUUUCACUGUGAUCCCUCUCCAGCUCACAUCAGUUCUCUAACCUAAGGACGCCUUGUCUUUGGUUUACUGUCCUGUGAAAUGUCAGCUCCAUUUCCCCAGAAGUUGUGUGUUUACGACGAAUCAGUGCUUUUCCUCAGUGAGUUGUCAGCCCUCUUAAUUUUGGUGAAUGUCCUUAAUUCCAAGUCUCUAAACCUGUAGUCCAAUCUGUACUCGCGCUGUUACCUGUUAAUUGUGUUACUGAUUAUUUUAUCUUGCUUGAAGAUUGAUUCCUACUUUUUAAUUUGAUAGAAAUAAAGUUUUUUCCUUCUGCUUA